CGGAGCUGAAAUCUCCUCGAAGUUUCAAAGACUUGAAUUGUGCGGAAGAAAAACCCAGGACGCGAAAAUGGCCGUGCACCGCGAUGCUCUAAUAGACGAGGAAGAUAACGAAGAAGAAAAUGCUCUCUUCGAAGAGGACGGAUUCGUUGUUCUCGAUUCCGAUAUUCCUCCUCACCUCCGGGACCUUGCCUUCGCUGCUCAAGUAGGCGAUGUCAACAGCCUUAGCGGAGCUCUAGAUAACUUGAACGGAAGCAUUGAUGAACCUGUAGAGGAUGGGGACACAGCUCUUCAUCUGGUCUGUCUCUAUGGUUAUUUACCAUGUGUCCAGCUACUUCUGGAAAGGGGAGCAAACUUGGAGGCAAAGGAUGAAGAUGGGGCAAUACCUUUGCAUGAUGCUUGUGCAGGGGGUUUUGCUGAAAUAGUCCAACUUUUGUUGAACAGUGCUAAUAGUGCAGAGUGUGUCAAAAGGAUGCUAGAAACAGUUGAUGCUGAGGGUGAUACUCCUCUUCACCAUGCAGCGAGAGGUGAACAUGCAAAUGUCAUAAGAUUGCUGUUGGCUUCUGGUGCUCCUGUAACAAAACCAAAUGUAUAUGGAAAGAACCCAAGUGAGCUACCAGAUCCGGACACAGAAGCUAGUAGAAUUUUGGAAUCUGCAGCUAGUGCUGUUUCAUGCCAAUAGGCCGUGACCAAACAGUUUCUUGGAUAAAAGCGCAGGCUUGUGUUAUCGACGUUUGGAGACACUUUGUUUUCACCAGCUGGUGAUUUGGUUGGCAUCUCUAGUUAGACAUCAUUGUGGAAACAAAAUUGUUUUCCCAAGGACUCACUCAAAUGGAGAUAGAGAUUGAGGUAACCAGAUUUAAAGAUGUUAAAAUACUGUACUAUUAUUAUUUUUAUUAUUAUCUAGUUUUAGCCGAAGAAGAAAAACGGAGGUUGUUUAUUUCCACACGCUAUUAGCUUUAUUUGGUUCUUGAUAAUAGAUACUCCUCUAGCUUUGAUCUAA